UGCCGCCGCUGCUGGCGGGAGCUCGGCGGGGCGGUGCCUGGCGCGGACCGCCCGGCCCCACCGGCGGAGCAGCCGCGGGAGCGCGGCCCGGGCGACUCGGCCGCGGGCGGUUCUGGCGGCCCGAGCGCCGCGCCCUUCCCCGGCUCCAUGUCGGCGUGGCUCGGCCGGGCGGCGCUGCUGCUGGGGCGGCCGGGGGGCCCCGCCGCCGUCCCCUCGUCCUGCCUGGGCUCGCUGCGGGGCCCGCGGUGCUGCUGCCGCCGCCGCCUGAGCAGCCUGCGGGGCGGCGCCGAGGGGCUGCUCUUCCCGCGGGGGUCGCGGGCGCUCGGCACCCACCCCAAGAAGGAGCCGAUGGAGGCGCUGAACACGGCGCAGGGGGCCCGCGACUUCAUCUACAGCCUGCACUCCACCGAGCGGAGCUGCCUGCUGCGGGAGCUCCACCGCUUCGAGUCCAUCGCCAUCGCCCAAGACCCCAUAUCAGCUAGGGGAGGCUGUCAGCAAUAUGGGGAGACCUGGGCACAUCAAGAACCAAAUGGGCCAAGUUCCUCAGCCCAUUCCCAGGCCUACCAGCAGAAGGAUGCAGUUCCACCAGCUAAUUGCCCUAGCACGCAGUAUGACAGGACACACUAUCUGUGGCCUCCGCUAAUGGCAGAGGCUGCGGGGAAACCCAUCCUUUGCUGCGGCUGCUACGCUCAAGGACGGUCCUCAGAGAAGUUGGAGGUUGCACCACCAUCUCCAGGACAACUGAGACAUGUGUUCUUCCACAAUGCAUUACCUUUUGUAGGGUUUGGAUUUUUGGAUAACGCAAUUAUGAUUGCUGCGGGAACCCAAAUAGAAUUGUCAAUUGGAGUUGUCUUAGGAAUUUCAACUAUGGCAGCUGCAGCUUUGGGAAACCUUGUUUCAGAUUUAGCUGGACUGGGUCUUGCAGGUUAUGUAGAGGCUUUGGCUUCACGACUGGGUCUGUCAAUCCCUGACCUGACACCCAAACAGGCUGACAUGUGGCAGACCCGGCUCAGUGCACACUUGGGUAAAGCAAUUGGAGUGACCAUUGGCUGCAUUUUAGGAAUGUUUCCUUUGUUGUUCUUUGGCGAGGAGGAAGAAAAACUGGAAGAAAAAUAAUAAUCUUUUUACAAGACAUAUACAAAUGUAAACUACUGUACCUCAAUUAUUCAAUUAUGCUGUCAAUAUUUAGGAAUUAACAGACAGUAAAAAAAAUGUAUAGACUUGGGAACAAAACCUUCAGCAUGUCGUUUUAUGGAAACACUAAUUUAUUGUGGCCUUGUUGUGUUCAGUACUUCUUUUUAUAAGAUUUCAUCUAACUUUUUAUUUAAUUGUAAAUUUUUGAAGUGUUUUCACUUAUGGCAAGAUGUUUACCACUUUCCCCUUUGAAUUUAUUGUUUAAUAGAUUAUUACUUCAAUAAUCCACCAUGGAUGACAGUAUCACUCUUGAGUUACAUAUUGGCUGCUUAACAGUUGUAAUUGCAUGACAGAAAUAUCACUGGUGUUCAUCAGGUCCUUCAAUGCAGAUUAUUAAGAAGGUCAGGGAUGAGAAAUUGGAAGUCCCUCACUUUGCAAGGUGACUGGUUGCCCCUUAACAGCCAUAAUUUUGUACUGCUUUAGAUAUUUCAGUGAUCUUUGACAGUAUAGUUUCUUUUUUUUUUCUCAAUUCUGACUUAAGUGUUUCUUAAUUCAGACAAUUCUGAAUUGUCUUCUGAGAUGAUCAUGUUGAUGCUUUGUCAAGGUAAGUGUUUCCAGGGUAGGCUCUCUACCAAGUUCAUUUUUAAAGUGAUGUUUUAACACCUUCUGUACUUCCAUAUUCAUGCCUCUUUUUUCCUUUCUAAACAGUGUUUUGAGAAUGGAGUUGAAAUAUCCUUAAAUUUGUCUUCCUCUGGUUUGAGUGUGGUAUUAAAGAAUUCAGACCAACUGUUUCAAAACCACAAACAGCUUUUUAAACUGAUAUGCUUAAAGUAGGGUGUGAAUAGUUAGGUAGAUGAGGCCAGGGAACAGUUCAGGGUAUGAAUAAAUGCUGACAUUGCAAGUUUGUGAUGAGUGGUUCAGUCGAAAUGUUAAGUGUACCAUCAGUCUGGAUUAGAGGACCUGAUAUGAUGAUAAUACCUUUAUGUUUAAGAUUAAACCUUUGUUACUUUUUUUUUUUUUGUUUCUGAGACAAUUAGUUAAAAAAAACAAGCAACAAAAAUAAGAGAAUUCAGGCCUUUUAACUUUUAUUUUUACUUUUAUUUUUGCAUUCUUUCUUGGUGUAUUAUAGACCUAACAGUGCAGUAUCAUGUAACUGUGCUUUUUACGUGGUUAUGAAUAAAAUUAUGACAACUAUUGCAUAUUCAUAAUAUUUCAGGAUCUUACUUGCCAAUAGCUUAAUACUAAACUGCUAAUUGUCCCUUAGAGGAGAAGAUUUCUUACUUGUUUGAACACCAUUUGGAAAAGCCACUAAGAAGUGGCACAGCCAGGGCACUUUGAAAGUUUUAUUGCUGAAAUUGCUAGGACUUCUGAAACCUAGAAAGAAAUGUUUAAAAAUAUUAAGUCCCCUGAUGAUUUUUAUUUGCUAUAGGAAGAGUCUUACUGUAUGUUAUUGUAUGUUAUUUUAUUAUAUGUGUGUGUUUUACACAGCGUGUUGCUUAUCUCAUUGUUAUAAAUCUGGUUUCUCUGGUCUGAUUUCUAGAAGCCCUUUAACAGCAACACUGAAACUGAAUUUAAUGAAGGUGACACUUCUAUUUGUUUCUUGAAAAGCAGAUGUUGAAAGCUUGGAGUGAGUAAUCCUAAUAGUAUGUGCUGUACUUGGCACAUUAAACCAUGCAGAUCUGGACCAAGCUGUAAAACAGAAUGAAAGCUCAGCCAAGCAUCAAACACAAAUGCAGAGGAGUUUCGGCUUGUGCUUCAAAGGUGGACGCUUUAUUAAAAUAAAAUUAAAUAAAACAACAACAACAACAAACCCCAUAACUCUUGACAGAAAAAACCCCAAAAAACAAAACCAAAAAACCCCAACCCACAAAAACAAUCCAGAGAGGCAGUUAUGCACUCUUUCACCAACACUUUGCUCCUGCUUUACAGUACUUCAAUGUUCAGAGGUUUUUUUACUCAUCCAGACAUUUGUCUUGCCUUAAACUUUUAACUUUUCUGCCUCUGCAGGCACUUUUGUUUCUAUACAAGGCUGUAUGUAUUUUUCACAUUUUUCUUAAACUGAAGUACAAGUCAAACAAUUUUGCAUAGCUUCUUUUGUCGCUGUUUUACAAUUAUUUCAACACUGCUUCCCAUUACGAUGCUGGCAUCUUGAUUGGAAUCUUCCAGCAAUGGCCAAAUCUCUGUUCUUUGGCAUUGUACCAUCAGAACACUGUUUUCAUCACUCUAUUACAGCUCAUGAGAACAACUGGAAGAUUGUGCCAGCUGUCACAGUAGUAUUUGUUUUAUAAUGGCAAUAGAAAAGGCUGUGUACUAUUGUUAAAUAGCUGUGCAUGUAAAUUGAGUACCUUUUGUUGCUGUAUGUCAAACUACUGUACUUCAACCAGUGCUUUUAUUGAGAAUCAAUGAACUAAAAUAUCUUUAAAGAAGUUAA